AAAAGUAUCCAGACAAGCUGGCCCUCUGGCCCAGGCCACGGCCCACCUCCCAUGUGCUCCCUCUUUGUGAAGCUGGGAAUUCCUCUCUUCCCGAAAUGCUCCUUCCCUGACCCUAGCCGCCACCUUCUUGCCGGAAUCCCGUCACCGCCUGUAUGCUCUCGCCAUGGUUUCCUCUCACAGCCAGUUUCACAGCCAUCUUCUGCUGGUUCUACUGACCUUCCUCGUCGUCGAUGACGUUCACCUGGGGGCGGCGGAGACCGACGCGGGCGACGCGGCGGCAAUGCGGUCCCUGGCGAAGGGCCUGGGGGCGGAUCGGGCCUUGGGCUGGACCGGCACGGCCGACCCCUGCACCUGGACCGGGGUCACGUGCACCGACGCCCGGGUCGCCGCCAUCCAGAUCGGCAACCGGAGCCUCGUCGGAACCUUACCGGCUGAGGUCCGGAACCUCACCUCCCUCCUCCGGCUGGAGCUCCAAGAGAACCAGCUCUCCGGCCACCUCCCCUCCCUCGCUGGGCUCUCCUCCCUCCAGACCCUCCUCCUCCACGGCAACCGCUUCUCCGGCGCCCUCCCGCCGGACUUCUUCGCUGGUCUCUCCUCCCUCCAGUCAGUCUACCUCGACGGCAACCCCUUCGACCCCUGGUCCAUCCCGGCCAACCUCAAGGAUGCCACCGCCCUCGUCAACUUCUCGGCCAACUCUGCCAACGUCUCCGGCGAGCUCCCGGGUUUCCUCGCCACCGCCUUCGCCUCCCUCGACCACCUCGCCCUCGCCUUCAACCUCCUCUCCGGCGCCGUCCCUGCCGCCUUCGCCUCUGCCCCGCUCCGCUCCCUCUGGCUCAACAACCAGCUCGGCAGCUCCCGCCUCUCCGGCGGCGUCGCCUUCGUCGCCAACAUGACCAGCCUCGAAGAGCUCUGGCUUCAGUCCAACGACUUCACUGGCCCGCUCCCGGACUUCUCCGGCCUCCAGCACCUCGCCAACCUCCAGCUCCGGGACAACCGCCUCACCGGGCCCAUCCCGGCGUCGCUCACCGCUCUCAAGUCUUUGAAGCGAGUCACCCUCACCAACAAUCUCCUCCAGGGGCCGGCGCCGGCCUUCCCGGAUUCAGUGAAAACGCUGGACCUCGACCUGGAAACUGAACGCUUUUGCCUCGCAAAAGCAGGGGACUGCGAUCCCAGAGUCACCGUCUUGCUCUCCAUUGCGAAAUCUUUCGGCUAUCCGGACAGACUCGCUGAGAAUUGGAGGGGGAACGACCCGUGCGGCGGCAGGUGGCUGGGGAUCAGCUGCGACGGCGCGGGCAAUAUCACUGUUAUCAACUUCCAGAAGAUGGGACUGAACGGGACGAUCUCGCCGGACUUGGGCUCGAUCACGUCGUUGCAGAAGCUGCUGCUGUCGAACAAUAACCUCACCGGCACGAUCCCAUUGACGCUCGCCAAGUUGCCAUCUUUGAAGGAAUUGGACGUGUCGAACAACUUUCUCCGGGGUCAAGUUCCGACCUUGAGCACGGAUGUCUUGGUGAACACAGCCGGGAACCCAAAUUUUGGGAAGAAUGCCAGUACUGCUCCAGCUCCGGGCGCUGCUUCGACCGCCAGCGGCAAAUCAACUUCGGCCGAUGCGAGGCAGAGCAGCAGCAGCGGCAAGUCUUCUUCGUCUGUUCCGUUGGGCGUCAUUGUCGGAUCGAUGGUUGCUGCGGUGUUGGGUAUGAAUAUUGUCGGACUGCUCGGUUUUUGUUAUUACAAGAAAAAGAAGCAAGCUUUUGGGAGAGUUCAGAGUCCAAAUACUAUGGCGACGCACCCCCAGCACUCAGUAUCGGACCCGGAUAUGGUGAAAACCACAGUUGCUGGCUCGAGUUCGAAUGGCGGGACCGCAAGCGACGCGUACAGCCGGACAAGCAGCAGCCCGAGCGAUGUGCAUGUAGUCGAUGCCGGAAGCAUGGUGAUAUCGAUUCAAGUCCUCAGGAAUGUCACCAAUAAUUUCGGCGAGGAGAAUAUCCUCGGCGAGGGUGGGUUCGGGGUGGUCUACAAGGGCGAGCUCCAUGAUGGCACCAAGAUUGCAGUGAAGAGGAUGGAAGCCGGGGUGAUGGGGACGAAGGGGUUGAACGAGUUCAAGUCGGAGAUCGCUGUGCUUUCUAAAGUCAGGCACCGGCAUUUGGUCUCGCUCCUUGGUUAUUGCUUGGAGGGAAGUGAGAGGCUCUUGGUGUACGAGUACAUGCCCCAGGGGACGCUGAGUCGCCACCUUUUUGAGUGGAGGGAAGGAGGGUUGAAGCCUUUGGAAUGGAAGAAGAGGCUGAGCAUUGCAUUGGAUGUGGCCAGGGGUGUGGAAUAUUUGCACGGUUUGGCGCAUCAAAGUUUCAUACACAGGGAUCUCAAACCCUCUAACAUUUUGCUUGGUGACGAUAUGAAGGCUAAGGUUGCAGACUUCGGACUUGUUCGGCUUGCGGAUGGAAAAGGUGGCUCCGUUGAAACCAAGCUUGCAGGAACUUUCGGGUAUCUCGCACCAGAAUAUGCAGUGACCGGUCGUGUGACUACAAAAGCCGAUGUCUUUAGCUUUGGUGUGAUAUUAAUGGAGCUGAUCACCGGUCGGAAGGCGCUGGAUGAGCGCCAACCAGAAGAGAGUGUGCACUUGGUGACAUGGUUCCGAAGGAUGCAGCUCAACAAGGACACCUUCCGAAAGGCCAUCGACCCCGCGAUAGACCUUGAUGAGGACUUUGGGAGCAUCAGCACCGUCACAGAACUCGCUGGCCACUGCUGUGCAAGGGAGCCUUACCAGAGGCCUGAAAUGGGGCACGCCGUCAACGUCCUGUCCUCACUGGCGGAGCUGUGGAAGCCCUCCGAUCCCGACUCGGAGGACAGUUAUGGGAUUGACCUCGACCUGACUUUGCCACAGGCACUCAAGAAAUGGCAGGCCUUUGAGGACAGUGGCCAUUUCAAUGGUGCUGCAUCAUCAUAUAUCGCAAGCCUGGACAAUACCCAGACCAGCAUACCCACAAGGCCGCCAGGCUUUGCCGAUUCCUUCACCUCGGCUGAUGGAAGAUAGGCGACGACUAGGGGGAAAAAGAAAUAUGGAGACUCAAGCGAGGUUUGUUCAUUCCCUUUGUUUCUUAGUCUUUGCUUCUUCUGUUUUGGGGCUGUUUUGCUUCUCUUACUGGAACCAAUUUAAAGCUUAAACACGUCGGUUUUCCUUCUUCCCAUUGUUUUUCUCUAGAAUUUUGUGAACACCGACCGAUGUUGUAUUGCAGUGAGUUGUAAUAUUGUUGUAUCAUUAUCACCUUGGUGCAUGAAAUAGUUGGCUGAUGAUCGCACGGAUGGAAUAUCUUCCGGUUGACAUUUGGUGAAAAAUUA